UCAAAUUUCCUCUGCAGAGAACGUGUCUGCGCCAGCCACAACUCCAUCCCAUGACAAGCUUCUAGGUGGACUACUCUCGGCGUCAUUCCAGGAAUCCACCUGCGAGAGCCGAUACAAGUCGUCCCUGUACCGGAAGCCAUCGUCGCUCCCGCUCUCCCCGUACCUCGUGAAGAAGCUGCGGAGGUACGAGGCGUACCACAAAAAGUGCGGCCCUGGCACGCAGCGCUACCGGACGGCCGUCAAGCAGCUCCAGGCGGGGCGCAACGCCGACAGCUCCGAGUGCAAGUAUGUGGUGUGGUUCCCCUUGAACGGUCUCGGCAACCGCAUGCUCGCCAUCGCCUCCACCUUCCUCUACGCGCUGCUCUCCGGCCGGGUCAUGCUCGUCAAUGUGCCGCAGGAGCAGGAGGGACUCUUUUGCGAGCCCUUCCCGGGCACCUCCUGGGUGCUCCCCGACGGGUUCCCGGAGGGGAAUCCGAUGAAGCUCUACGCUGGUGCGCCGGAGAGCUACGUCAACAUGCUCAAGAAUAAUGUGAUCCAAUACGACACACCGGCGUCAUCCCUUCCGGCACACGUGUACCUCCACCUCGAGCAGAUCGGGCAGAGGCUGUCCGACAACAUCUUCUGCGACGACGACCAGCGGCUUCUCGGCAAGUUCGGCUGGAUGAUACUCAAGUCCGACAGCUACUUCGCGAUGGGGCUGUUCCUGACACCCAUGUACGACAAGGAGCUGGCGAGGAUGUUCCCGUACAAGGAGGCGGUGUUCCACCACCUCGGUCGGUACCUCUUGCACCCGACCAACAGGGUGUGGGGGAUCGUGAGAAGGUACUACGAGGCAUACCUCGCGGGGGUGGAUGAGAAGAUCGGGUUCCAGAUCAGGAUCUUCCCGGAGAGGCCGGUCAAGUUCGAGAACAUGUACGACCAGCUCACCAGGUGCAUCAAGGAGCAGCGGCUGCUGCCGGAGCUCGGAAAGGCGGAGCCGGCG